AGGCGAGUCGCGGAGGUGGCGAGAUAGCGCGCGGGGGGGCGGGGGCGGGGGCCGACGGACACAAAGGAGCGGCCGGCCGCGGACGCGGGCCGCGAGCCCGGUGGCCUUAUCAUCCACACAGUCGCCUCGCGCGGACCGCGACGCACGCAGCGCGACGAACUCGCGCCCGCUCGCUCUCGGCACUCUCGUGAUCCACGGUUCUGUGAAACACUAACUGAAACUUGUGUCGCGCAUUGCGCAUCUGUGCUAUAUUUUUAUUGGUGGAGUUCCCCAUUCACGGCUGUUUGUUAUAUUCGCAAAACGGCUGAGCUGUCAAAAACUGUAAACACAACACACGUGCCGCCGGCUCGCAAAAAGCGCGAAGCCAAAAUGGCGACGAAGGGCAAGCGUCCAAUGCGCGCCCUGACGCCCGGCGACAAGAUAGAGGCCAUCCAGCGCGUCAACGACGGCGAGUCCAAGGCGUCGGUCGCGCGCGACAUCGGCGUGCCCGAGUCCACGCUGCGCGGCUGGUGCAAGAACGAGGACAAGCUGCGCUACAUGACGUCACGCUUAUCCUCGCCCGACACCGACAAGAGCAACGACGGCGAGCCGCCCGACAAGCGCGCGCGCACCGAGUCGCCCGUCGCGCCGCCGCGCUCGCCAACAGCCGGCCUCGACCUCACCACGCCCGCGCCCGCACCCCUCGCCCCGCCCGCGCCCCUCGCGCUCGCCACGCCGCCCGCCGACGCGCCCGUGGAGCUCACCACCAAGCGCGCCGAGCCCUCCCCGCCCGCGCACGCGGCCCGCGAGCGCCGCCCCGACCCCGGCGCCAGCGUCUCCAUGAGCGCCAUCAGCCCCCUGUCCGGCCUCGCGCACCUGCCCGGCCUCGCGCACUCCCACCUCGGCCUCAGCUUCAACGAGAUCGCCACCAACUUGACGCUCCUCGCCCAGCUCAACCCCGGCCUCUCCGCGCUUUCGGCGCAGCCCGCGAGCCGCGCCCUUCGUUCCGUUCGCUCCCCGAAACCCGCGCACAAUGGAGUCCUCAACUUAAACGAGACCAGCAAACACCGGAGCAAGUCGCACCACUCGGAUCCGUAUUCUCGGAGUUCGUCGAAAUCGAGCCAUCAUCACACGUCAUCGUCGGCCGCCAGCCAACCGGUCGACGACACGCUAUGGUACUGGCUCAAGACGCAGCAGGCGAUGCUCGACCUGACGGCCCAGACGACGACGGCGCACUCGCUGCAACUCGGAAAGACCGACCCUAGCAUACCGCCGAAACCGGUGGCGCCCGCUGCCCCGAUCAACUCUCACCUCGAUUACAAUAGGAAUUCCUGGUUGUGGCAAUACUACAAACAGUUCGGUGGGGCGAUGCCUCUUCCGGACGACAAGUUGAAGUCCGCAGCUCAGGUGCCGAAAGAGAAGGCGCCCGAAAAUAUCCUGUACUCUCAUCUGACCAAAGGAAAACCCGACGAGGAGAGGAGUGCGACGAGCCCGGCGCAGACGACGCCGACGUCGCAGCACCACGAGGAGGUGCGCGAGCACAGGGAACACAACGCACAACGGGUGUCUGAACCGGCCGCGAGCCCCGAGCUCGGCUCCGAGAACAAGGAGCCGCCGGCGGAGAAGAGCCACGACUCGCGCAGCCACACGAAAGCGCGGACGGUGCUCGACAACCUGCUGUUCAACAACAACAACCAGACGGCGAGCAAGGAGACGACGAGCCUGGAGGCGACGCACGGCGAGUGGGAGGCGGGCUCGGCGGAGGCGCUGGAGCACGGCGACAAGUUCCUGGCGUGGCUGGAGGCCAGCGGCGACCCCAGCGUGACGCGCAUGCACGUGCACCAGCUGCGCGCGCUGCUGCACAACCUGCGCGCGCGCCGCGCCCCCUCCGCCGCGCUGCCCGCCGCCGGCGCCGACCUCUCGCGCCGCAAGUAGGCGCAGCACCGACCUACAGGGAUACUUCAAUUAUGUACAUAGUUACGUCGUCGCCAGUAAGCGUUCACUUGUGAUAUGUGUAGCCAAAUUUGCGUAAUUUCUUUGUUCUAAAAGGAAAGCUAUGCAUUAUUUUCCUUUAGUUUUAAGACUUAAUAGUUGUAAGUACGUGAACUCCGGCGCCGUUUCUGGGCUGACCGACAGCGCUUCGUUAGCCGACCCCUCUCCGAGUCUAUAAACUUGAUGUUAAGCUGUAAGAUUGAAUGUUACUGAUCUGCUCGACUUCCUUUCUUGCACAUUGUUACGUGUUUAGAUUUAGUAGUACAGCUGUAUGUUGCCAUUUGACGAUUACAUUCCUAGUUGUACCCGUGGUAUAGUUUAUAGUCGGAUCCCUAUGUUCUACCUCAAGUCAAAACUAAUACUAAGUCACGGCGUCCUUUCAAGCUGUGGACGAGCCGCCCGCGCUGGCGUGGCGGGCGGGCUCGAGAGUCGCGAUACCAAAUAUUGAAAGGAUGCGAGCGUAUUCGUUGUGCCAAGUACGAACAAGGUAAUAAUUGUUAAGAUAUAGAUGACUCUAUUGCGUUAGCGCUAGGCACUCGUUGUGUAAUUGUUUUCUAUUGCUCAGUAUUUUAUAUAUUGUAGACAUUCUCGAUGUCUCGACGCGGAAUUGUAUUAUACGUUAAAGUUAACAGUUAAGGACACUGUGAUCAAAAUUAUAAAUUAUUGAGAGAUUAUUAAAUAUUGUAAGUACAUUCCUAAUGAAUAGAGCGUAUUAUCAUAAUGUUAUAAGAGUUUGUCCAUUGGUAACGCGAUGCCCGACAUCGCACC